AUGGCGCCAAAUGAGGAUAGUAUUUAUGCUGCGUCUCAUGCCCCUAUUUGUGUCAUACCAAGUAGAGAGGCAUUUGAUGGGCUUAAAGAAGGCGAAAGACGAUAUGCUCACCACAUGUGCAGAGCAGCUUUCCAUGGCUUCCGGAUCAUCCUGGAGCAAACCUCGACAGAGUCUCCAUCAAUCUUUGAUCUUUUGAUGCUGCUCUAUGAUACUGCCAAGGGUGACCUGGCUGGCUUAGCUCGUCAACAGAAUGUCAGUGACCAGGAUUUCGAUCAUUUCUUGGACUACACCACCAUGUUUCUGGCAAACAUGGGCAACUAUCACUCUACUGGUGACGAGAAGUUCAUUCCUCACAUUCCAAAGGCCUCCUUUGCGAAAUUAUGCCAGUGUCGACCUGAAACCGAGGAACUUUUUACCGAGGUCGCCACAGCCAUGUACUCAGUGGUUCGCCACAGGUAUGGAUACUCGGUGGUCCCUGAAUGUGCAAGCGGCUUCUACCCUGGAAGUGAACCCAUUGCGAAGGAGGAAGUUGAUUCCGUUCAUCGUUUUAUGCAAAGCAAUCAAAUUUUGCCUGAGAACACACGCCUUUUCAAAACUACUUCCGAACCCGGACCCAACUCUGUCUCCUACGAACUCCGUCUAGCCUCAGCAGAGCCUGGUUGGAAGCCAACGCUCCAGAACGACGGUCGCCUUGAUCUGCCUGGGCAACCCCUUCUCUCCAUAAGGUCAGGUGACUUCGCGCAGCCUCUAGCCAGAAUCAUAGCUGAACUUCAACUGGCGAAGCCGCACAGUGAGAAUGAAACCCAGAAGCAGAUGAUCUCUGCGCUAAUCGAUUGCUUUACCACCGGCAAUCACGAACAGUUUAAAGAAGCUCAAAAACAUUGGGUUCAUGAUCACUCCCCGGCAGUUGAAACCGUCAUUGGUUUCAUCGAAACAUACCAGGACCCCCAUGGAAUUCGGGGUUCUUGGGAAGGUAUUGUGGCAGUCGUGAACAAAGAACAGAGCCGUAAGUUUGGUGAACUUGUGAAACGUUCUUCCGAGUUCUUGGUCUCCCUUCCAUGGAAUGCCAAUGAGGUCCAAGGAACAACAGGCGCAUUUGAGGUUUCUGAGUUCGUGAAGCCAGACUUUACAAGUCUAGACACUCUUGGAUUUACCAAAUCUGAGAGCCCUGCAGGACUCAAUCUUCCUAAUUUUGAAGACAUCUGCCAGAAUGUUGGAUCCAAGAACCUGGAAUUUGGAAACGUCAACAACGCGAACCCACCGGAUGAGGCAAUCCCUUUCAUCCAGGAUAGUGACAUGGAGCUUCUCCGUAAGCAUCGCGAGAGGGCCUUCGAGGUCACAGUAGCCUGCCAUGAGCUCUUGGGGCAUGGGUCUGGAAGACUCUUCAUCGAGACAAGCGAAGGAGAAUUCAACUUUGAUAACAGCAGCCCACCCAUAAAUCCUCUCACCAAACUUCCGAUAAGCUCUUGGUAUAGGCCUGGAGAGACUUGGUCUAGCGUCUUCGGAUCUCAUGCCAACGCCAUUGAGGAAUGCAGGGCAGAUGGGGUGGCAUUACUCCUUCUUAACAAUAGAGACAUUCUCGAAAUCUUUGGGUACACCGAAGAGUCCGAGUAUCGUGCCGAUGACAUCACAUAUGCCGGGUACCUGAACUUUAUCUACGGUACACUCAAGGGACUACCACGAUGGAAUCCGGAAACAAAGACCUGGGGACAAUCUCACCGUCGGGGAAAGUUUGCGCUUCUUAGAUGUAUGAUGAAUGCAGGCUCACAAGCACUGCAAAUUAUCGAAGACGGUGAUGACAUCCAUGUGGUUUUGGAUCGCUCCAAGAUUGAAAGCCAUGUAGUGCCGGAACUAUCAAAGUUUCUUCUACAUCUGCAGGUUUACAAAGCAACCGCAAAUGUGUCUGAGGGUGUUAGCUUCUUCAAUCUGUACAGUGAAGUGGAUGAGAGAUUCGCUGGCUAUCGGCCUAUUGUGCUGGCUAAGGAGCCGCCGCGGAUUCAGUACAUCCAAGCCAACACCUUCUUGCAAGAUGAUAAUGUUUUACUGAAGGAGUACCCAUCUACUCGAGAGGGUUUGAUUCAAAGUUGGGCAGAAAGGGAUCUGUUGUAG